AUGUACCCGGUGCUGAGGAGUGUGGCUCUUCAAGUGCACUCAGCCGUCACUGGCAGCUACAUCUCCGGGACCCACUCUGUUGCCUUCAUCAAUUGUCUCAACGAGCAAAUUGCCAAGGAUAUUGCAAGGGCCAUCAUGGAUAAGAAGCUGGCUGCCUGCGUCAACAUCCUGCCCAAGAGCUCGACCCUGUAUUUUUGGAAAGGUGAAAUAGAAGAAUCCACAGAGAUAUUGCUAUUAGUGAAAACAAGGACAUCGAAGAUAAGUGAAUUGUCCAGUUACGUCAGAUCCAUCCAUCCCUUUGAAAUCCCGGAGGUCAUCAGCCUGCCUAUUGACCAGGGAAACCCGCUCUACUUCAAGUGGCUAGAAGAAAGCAUGGCAGGAGACUGAGACGUGCAGAACCACGUUGCUUUU